CAUUUAUCAGGGAGGGCCUGAAUCCACUCCUGCUCACAGUCUGCAGGAGGCUGAUCAGAGGGAAGACCUGAAAUGGACUCUAUGAUUACAUUGCAAGAAACUGAUGUGGGGAUUAGUUUGAACCAGAAAACGAAUCCCAGGAAAUCAUCAAAUUAAUGACCCAAGUCACCGGCACUCAUAAAAGGGGCCUCCCCUCUCCCGGUGUCAGAAGGUGCCCUUUCCUCACAGCUUUCUGAUCUCGCACAUCUUCCUGCAUCCAGAGACCAUGAUGAGCCAGCAAUCCGGCAGGGCCUCCCAGGCCACCAAGAGCUCCAGUGGCCUCUCUGCCGUCGUGGUGUCUGGUCAGGGCUGUGCCAGCUCCACCAGGUCCCAGUCGGGCUCACGCUCUGGGGCAAGCAGUGCGGCCACGGCCUGUGCCAUGAUUGGGGGUGCCUUUGGCAGCAGGAGCAUGUACAGCCUUGGGGGGAGCAAGAAGAUCUCACUGAGUGUGGCUGGAGGUGCCGCCCAGGCAGGGGGCUCAGCACGGGGGUGCUCUGGUGCCUUUGGAGGGAGCUUGGGCUGGGCUGGAGGAAGGGGCCAGAGAAGCGGCUUUGGGGGAGGCUCCUUCCAUGUUGGAGGGAGACCUGGUGGCUUUGGAGGAGUUCCCGGUGGGGCCGGGGGCUUUGGAUGCUCUGGGGGCUUUCCCCUUGGCAUCCAGGAGGUGACCAUCAACCAGAGCCUCCUGCAACCCCUGAACAUGGGGAUUGACCCCCAGAUUGGGGAGCUGAAGACGCAGGAGAAGGAGCAGAUCAAGAGCCUCAACAACAAAUUUGCCUCCUUCAUCGACAAGGCGAGCGUCUGUGGUUGGGGGAGGUGCGGUUCCUGGAGCAGCGGCUGCCUGCAGGCCCACCUGGACAGGCUGGUGGCAGAGCGGGGCCGGCUGGACGGGGAGCUGGGCACGAUGCAGGGGCUGGUGGAGGAGUACAAGAGGAGGUACGAGGAUGAAUUUAACAAGCGCUCAGAGGCUGAGAAUGACUUCAUGGUUCUGAAGAAGGAUGUGGAUGCUUCCUACGUGACCAAGGUGGACUUGGACAUCAAAAUGGAGAGUCUGGCCAGUGAGGUCAACUUCCUGAGAGCCCUCUAUGAAGCAGAGUAUGACCAGGUCCUGUCGGAAUCCAGUGAUACGUCUGUAGUCCUGUGCAUGGACAAUAACCGGCACUUGAACCUGGACAGUAUCAUCACGGAGGCCAAGGCCCAGUACGAGAAGAUCGCUCAGAAGAGCAAAGCUGAGUCUCAGGCUCUGUACCAGAACAAGCUUGGGGAGCUGCAGACCACAGCCAGCAGGCAUGGUGAUGACCUGAGGAGCACCAAGAAUGAGAUUGCACAACUCAACAGGAUGAUCCAGAGGCUGCAGGCAGAGAUCGAGAGUGCCAAAAAGCAGAAUGCCAAAGUGCAGAUGGCAAUUGCUGACACUGAGAAGCAGGGUGAACUGACCCUAAAAGAUGCCCAGACCAGAUUGACAGAGCUCAGAGAGGCCCUGCAGCAGGCCAAGGAGGACCUGGCCCAUCUCCUGUGUGACUACCAGGAGCUGAUGAACAUCAAGCUGGCAUUGGAUGUGGAGAUUGCCACCUACCAGAAGAUGCUGGAGGGCGAGGAGUGCAGGAUGUCGGGGGAGUGCCAGAGCCCAGUAUGCAUCUGCGUGGUCAAUCACACUUCCAGCAGCAAGAACCUUAGUGCUGGGGGCAGCAGCAGCGGUGGUGGCCGGGGCAGCAGAGAUGGUGACCAGAGUGCCCAAGGUGGUAGCAAGUCCUCGACUGUUGGGAAGGGCAUCCAAUCCAGAAGCAUGAACUCUUCCAUGGAUCAGAGUCCCAGACACAGUGGCUCCUCCUCCUCCUCCUCAGCCAGGAUUGUGCAGACCACCACCACCAGUGGCCAGCACUCUCACAUCAAAUACUGAGCCUAGGAUCUGAUGCAUGAUUGCAGAAACCCCCUGCCCUUAGCCACACCUCUGUAAGAGCUCCUAUUUCUUUGGGGUUAGUGACACCAUAAUCUCAUCCCUUUGGAGUCUUGAAGCCAAGCCAAGAUGAGUCUCCAAAAGACAUUGUCAAGUUAGGGGUUUGUUCCUGAGAACACCACUAACUCCACUACUGCCUUUAUGUUUCUCUGUACAUAAACUCUGCCUUGCCUCCUCUUGGCUUUGUUUUCUUCAUUAAACUGAAAUAUGUUC